UAACCAUCAUUGACGGAUGGGUACAAAUUUAUUCGAUAAAAAUCAACAUGUAUAAAAAAUGGUGGACUGCUACGCUCAUUUCGUGACCCAGAGUAUAUUUAUGUGAAAAUAACGACUCUAACGACAAAUCCAACCCAGUUAAGAUCACUGUUAGAUAUGAUUCAAAUAUGCUGAUGUUACCUUCUGAGAUCAUCACUUUCAAUGAAAAACAUCACUACAAUUGGUUGGACUGCUAGAUUGGUAGCAACGUGAUGGACAGCUAGUAACUGACAUGCUAUUGUUGGUUUGGCAUCUAUUGCUUACUGGGCCGCUAUAUUGGAUGGACCAUACGUGUUGGUUGAACAAUUAUAAAUGGUUGGACUGGAAGUGUUGGUUGGACGGCUACCAGACAAAUCGGCCCCUUACCAAAUCGGCCCCUAGCUCAGACGGUUACCUUUUCGGCCCCUUACCAAAUCGUCCCCAUCCCGUAGACGUUUCGGCCCCUGAUCACCGAGACGUUUCGGCCCUUAUUAUUUUUUGUUUUUAUUUCUAAAUAUUUCUAAAUAUAAGUAAAACAUGUAAUUUCAUUUGUUAUUUUUAUAGACAAAGCUAUAUACAUGCAUACAAAGGUAUAGAUAAAAAUAGAUUUAAAGAAAAUAUCUGUACACUUGAAAACAUUUUUUUUAUUUUAUUUCUAAAUAUAAGUAAAAAACUUUAAUUUCAUUUUUUUUUAUUUUAAUAGACAAAGCUAUAUACAUGCAUACAAAGGUAUAGAUAAAAAUAGAUUUAAAGAAAAUAUCUGUACACUUGAAAACAUAUUUUUAUUUUAUUUCUAAAUAUAAGUAAGAAACUUGUAAUUUCAUUUUUUUUUUUUAAUAGACAAAGCUAUAUACAUGCAUACAAAGGUAUAGAUAAAAAGUUUAAGAAAAUAUCUGUACACUUGAAAACAUGUAAAUGUAAAGAUUUAUUCACGAGAUAAUUUUAUAAAACGAAAUAGAUUUGAAGAAGAAAUGUUUAAACUUCAUUUUUUUUAAAUAAUUUUUAAAUAUUAUACAUAAUUAUGUUGCUAAUGUUAUGUAUAAUGACAUGUCCAUUGUCUAACAUCAGUCUUGACCAAACACCUAUCGCCCGCCGUAGAUGGCACCAACAUUUUUCAGGAACUCCUCGCAGGCGACCCUAUGGGAAUCGUAUGAGUCCCACUCAUCCAUGAUCCUGGCGUUGAUGUCUCUGUAACACUCUCGACAUAAGUUAUACAUUUUAUGAAAUUCAGUUAUUUAUAUUCAAAUCAGUCAAUGAUGAAAAUAACUAUUAUUAAUCUUAUAUUGAAUACGUAUGCAAAACCAUACUGGCUUAAACGGUGUUUUUAGACAGACGGUCUUAUGGCGAAUUGUCACAUUCCACAAAGGUAUCAGGUGUUGGAAUUGUGACACUUUGUCUUUACAAGCUUAUAAAUACGUCUACAAGGUUUGUUCCGACUUUCCCAACCGCUUAUUCUCACACUUUAAGAUGAACACAAAUUAUCUCUUCGCACCUCAAACAGAAUAUUAUUUCACUUUUUUAUUAUGGAUUUAUUGUUUUACUCUUUUUAAAAUGCAUAUUUAUUGUAGAAUAUCUGUAGAACUAUCAAGUUGUCACUUGUUUGCAAUUCAUAUCUAUAAAACAAGCAUUAUUUCCUAAUUAUGUAUAGAUAAAACACUAAUUGUGAAAAAAUAAUAAUUAAUAAUUAUUCUGGAGCAAUAGUAUACCGCAUAGAUAACAAAUUCAUGGUUGAAACGUAAAGGCAUUUUUAAAAACGCAACACGUUUAAAACAAAUGGUACCCAAUUUUAGAAACGAUUUAAUAUAUAUACUUACGUUCUUUAUAUUACUCAAAUCUUCUUAAAUCAACUGUAAAUAACAUUAACAAAUUAAAGACAACUAUUCGUUCACACGUAUUUGAAUGUCUUUUUCACACCCACAACACUAACAGUUUGCCUUGCAAAAAAGAACGCAUGGUUCAAAAACAAAUUUUCUUUGACGUCUUUAAUGAUCAAUUAAUAAUUACUACUACUUAUAACAGUUAUAACAAAUAAACUUUCUUAGAUUUUCUAACAUUUUAUAUCAAAAAUCAGGGUAAAUAGUUAUUUAGAUUUUAAUUAUAUUUUUUAUAUCAGUCAUAUCAAUGUUUUUUGUCUAUUUGUAAAUUUCAAGAUUUUAUUUACAACUUAUUUACAGAUCUCAUUUACAUUUAUAAGACGACCUACAAUGUUUUUCUUUAUACUCAAGAUAAAAAAUAAAAUAAAAUUAAGGGGCCGAAAUGUCUCAGUUGAAAAUCACGAAGGGGCCGAAACGUCUCGAGUCAUUUUAAUUAAGGGGACGAAAUGGCAGUGCCGAAACAUCUUAGGGGCCGAUUUGUCUUGCUUCCUUGCAUUGUACAGGAGCUGGUCAUGGACCUUUGCCGUCCUUCAUCCAGAGCCUUCCAUAGCGAUGGCAGAUAUAUCGCUGCUUGGAUCAACACUUUACCACGCUGUUGAGUCCAGGAUCUCAGUAGCAGCCAUGACAACAUCAACAGAAUGACAUCUGCCUAUGGAUGUAUACAUUUUGCACCUCUUUCUUGUACUGGGAGGGGUGUUACCACCAUAUGCCAAAGCUUUACACGAGAAGCACAUCCACAACAUUGUGCAAGAUGCCUUAACCCAAGCAGGAGUAGAAAUACAGGAUCUUGAUGCAGUUGCAGUAGCGGUGGAGCCAGGGCUUCCUCUCAGUCUUGAUGUUGGGCUCAAACAUGCUCAGAAACUUGUGAUGGAAAAUAGAGUACCACUGAUACCUGUACAUCAUAUGGAGGCCCAUGCCCUUACGGCCAGAAUGAUUGACAGUGUAGAGUUCCCCUUCCUUGUACUACUGGUGAGUGGGGGGCACUGCUUGCUAGCCGUUGCCAGGGACAUUGAUGACUUCUUGUUGCUAGGCAGCAGCAUUGACAACGCCCCUGGAGAGAUUUUUGACAAGGUUGCACGUAGAAUGAAACUAAAGAAUCUCCCACAAUGCUAUGGAAAAAGUGGCGGGGCCUCGAUAGAAUUAAUGGCCCAGCAAGGCGAUCCAGACAUGUUUGAGGCUCCACACGUGUACACUAAAAGCCGGAGUUGUAAUUUCUCGUUUGCGGGCAUGAAGGCCCACUACUGUACUUACAUUGAACAAGAGGAAAAAAAACAAGGUAUUGUAGCCAGUGGGGUGAUCUCUAAUGCCGCUGAUGUCUGUGCAUCCUUCCAGUUUGCCGUUCUACGACACAUGUGUCGCCCUAUAGAAAGGGCAUUCAGGUUCUGUGACUACAACAACCUUCUGCCAGAAACCAAAACACUGGUUGUUUCUGGAGGUGUUGCAUGUAACCAAUACUUACGAGCGGGACUACAGCGCGUGUGUGACAAAUAUGGAGCACGAUUGGUCGUCCCUCCUCCUCACCUAUGUACUGAUAAUGGCAUUAUGAUCGCAUGGAAUGGCAUGGAAAAGCUUCUAGCUGGUCGUGGAAUAGCAGAUGACCCAAUUGCUGUAAAAUUUAAGCCCAAAAGUCCAUUAGGUCAAGACAUCAGCGAAGAAGUCACCAGAGAAAACAUUAAAGUGAUACCAAUGAAAUUGUGACACAUUUUGUUGCUUGUUGUUGUUAUGAAUAUAUAUGUAAAAUAUA